GAAACAGAAUCCUGUUGCGCCUUCAGUUUCAUCGUUUAAACGUCGCGCGGCGCACCACACUUCAAGGCAUUCUCCAGCAGGAACACACAGGCCCCGACAUUAUUACAAAUUGACCAGAAGAUAAACUUCUCCCCCUACUUUUCUUACCUGAACGUCCAACUGGGAAGAGCAGAAGAUAAAACAUGGCCUACCAACAGCAACACCCGCCACCCUACCAACAGCAUCCCUACCAGCAACCGCCCUACCAGCAACCGCCCUACCAGCAGCAACCCCAGCAACAGCAGCCCCGGCCAGCCAUCACCAGCGUAACCACCACAACACAAUCAGUGAUGUCUGGGAUGUGGAGCAGUGGCGUGUGUGAUUGCUGCUCGGACAUGGAAACCUGCUGCUGCGGGUACUGGUGCUUCCCCUGCUUGCAGUGCAAGACCACCGGAGACUUUGGCUGGUGCUGCUGUCUGCCCUUGGUGGACGUCUGCUGCGUCGUGUCCUGCUGCCUGCGCUCCUCCAUGCGAGAGCGCUACGGCAUAAAUGGUUCAUGCUGUGACGACUUCUGUCAACUGUUAUGGUGUUACCCAUGCGUCUGGUGCCAAAUGGCACGGGAAGUCAAGAACAGAGGUCGUACUGGCAACACUUCGGUGGUCACCACCCAGGUCAUCCAAGUCUAGGGGUCCCCGUUAGCGGCUGAGGAACCUUAAGGCCAAAAGAUUGCACUAAUGAUUGUUCCAUCAUAUUUUUUGUAAAAGAGUAGUUUCACUUUUAAACCAGCAUUCCUUCCCAUUGUUCCAUGGCAUCUUAUAAUGAUCAAAUAACAUUUAAACUGAAUGCAGCCAUUGUUAAAUUCAGCUAGCAUUUUUUCAACUUAAGCUGUUUGAACACAGCUGUCCACAAGUGUUCUUAUUAUGUUUUAUACAUUCCUGACCUUUGCUAUGCCUUCAUUAAAAUCGAAUGUUUUUCCGAUCUCACAAACCUUUAUUAUCAUUACACUCAGCCUGCUUUUGUCAAAUAAAAAGCCCAACAGAGUAGUUUAAGAUGUAAUAUACCUUAUUGUCAUGUUAGGCUAGUUAAACUAAAUUCCUGUUAAAUGCAUUCAAUCAUUAAAGAAUGAAAUAUAA